AUGGGAAAAAGAUCAUUCUACGAGGACGACGAAUUGAUAAUAGCCAAGCCCGGUACCAACCAAGCCAUAUCUACCGAAUUAAAAGAACAAGAAUCAGUCCAUCAUGCCUCAUUUGUUGAAGGUAUGGCUAUUCGUACAACACCAAUUUUAGAAAAAUAUACCAACUCAAUCAGACACUAUUUACACGAUAAGCUUUCCUUAGCUGAUGCUGAACUCGAGACUCAAAAAUCUGCAUUCAAUAACGAAUGGACCAGUAUUAAACUGGAAUAUCAUAGUAUUGUUCAAGACCCAGUCUUACCUGGAUUAAUUUAUAUUUUAACUAUUGCUUUAUCAGGAAGUAUUUUGGUUAGAAGGAAGAGUUUGCCAUUAAGAUUUGCCGCUCCUACUGUUUUUGGUGGUGUUGCCUUGAGUUAUUAUAUGCCAAAUACCUAUUGUUCAAUCGUUAAGAAAUACAAUCAAUUGGAAAAAGAAAAUGUUCCAGAAUUUCAUAGUCAAAGACAAACAUUACUUGAAAAUUAUGAACAAUUUAAGAAAGAAUUAGACGCUGGAUUGGUCAACACCAACAAAUCUAUUGAAAGUGGAAUUCAUGAUUUUAGAGAAGCUUUAAAGGACAUAUGGCCAUAA